CGCAUAUCGACGGAAGCCAAGUCGGAGAAAGAUUCGACAAAUGCCAGUUUUGGCGUUUAGUUUUCAAAAUUUAUCUGAAACAGUAAUUAACGAACGUCUUGGGGAAACAUUUAACUUGUGGUAUGGGGUACGAUUUGCAUCGCUUUCAAGGCGACGUGGAUGAAGAACUUAUCUGUCCGAUUUGUUCUUGUGUUUUAGAGGAACCUUUACAGGCUCCUCAGUGUGAACAUGCUUUCUGUGCUGGGUGCAUACAUGAAUGGCUGACAAGACAACCAACAUGUCCAGUUGAUCGGAGUCCUAUUAUGCCAAACCAAUUAAAGCCAGUACCAAGAAUUCUACGCAAUCUUCUCUCCCGCCUCAUGAUAGCAUGUGAUAACGUCAAUUAUGGUUGUACAACUGUUGUCAAACUUGAUACUCUUCAAACACAUAUUCAAGAGUGUGAACAUAAUCCUAAAAAACCUGUCACAUGCGAAAGUGGGUGUGGCUUAACAAUACCUAAAGAUGAAUUGAAGGACCAUAAUUGUGUACGGGAACUAAGGAGUAAUAUGACAACCAUGCAACAUAAAAUACAAGAUAUGAGCAGUGAGAUGGCUGAACAGAAAUUACAGCUAAGUGAACAGAAAAGGGAUAUUCAGCUACUCAAGGAGUAUUUACGUUCAGUAAGAAUAUCAAACCCCAGAAUACGAGAAAUACAGACUACUAUUGAAAAUGAAGAUGUAUUAAGGUGGGUGUCCAAUCUACAAACAGCGAGGGUAACAAGAUGGGGUGGUAUGAUAUCAACACCUGAUGCUGUCUUGCAAGCUGUGAUAAAGCGAGCACUACUAGACAGUGGUUCACCUGCUCAUAUAGUCAAUGAAUUAAUGGAGAAUGCUCAUGAACGUCGUUGGCCAACUGGUUUGAGUACUCUGGAAACUAGACAGUUAAACAGACGACAGUAUGAAAAUUAUGUCACAAAAAGAAUACCAGGGAAACAAGCAGUUGCUAUCAUGGCUUGUGAAAACCAACAUAUGCCUGAUGAUCUGAUAAUGGAGCCGGGACUGGUGAUGAUAUUUGCUCAUGGUGUAGAGUGAUGAAUAAUCACUCACUUAUUAUAAUGUUAUAUUUGUAAUAAACAGAUUGUGAUUGAUACUUAAUUAAGUUGAUGGGUUUGAAUUUUAAAAUCUUGUGUGAUUGAUUGCUAAUUGGAGGAUUUUUGUGAUAAUUUAUUUUUUUGAAAUACAUAUGUGGUGGAAGCAAAUUAACAUUUUGUGCUUUGCUUGACACGUAAUCUGUUACAGACUUUUCUCAGACAACUAAAGAAGAAAAUGUCCAGUUUCAUAGUUGUUCUGAAAAAUACUGCCUUGAGCACUCCAUGUCAUAAUUAUAAUAUCAUUAAUGUAAUAUAAUUCAGGACAGUUGAAAAAAAAGAAAUCUGCAGUGCACACUGCAGUUAAUGAUGUCAGCU